AAUUCUUGCUUUGUCUGACAGCUGGUAGAUGAGGCGCAUGCGUAGCCAGCAUCCUGGGGAGAAGUGGAGGGGAGCAUCCGCAUCGACAGAGCCUUGUGCACAUCUCUCUGUAUUCGAAUUAUGUUACUUGCCACUUUUUCUUUCAUAUAAGUCUCGUGCUCCUGGACCGUGAAUGGCGCUGGUCACAGUACAACGAUCGCCAACUCCCAGCACCACUUCCAGCCCCUGUGUGUCGGAAGCAGACAGUGGAGAGGAUGACCGCCGGGCUCAGCCAAGAAGCAUCAGUGAGAACUUCCUGACUGUGAAGGGAGCUGCCCUGUUCCUGCCCCGGGGCAAUGGCUCCCCCGCCUCCUCAGUACCCCGCAUGGCCCAGCGCCGCAACAAGCACACAGGUGACCUCCAGCAGCAUCUGCAGACAAUGUUCACCUUGUUGCGACCAGAGGAUACCAUCAGACUGGCGGUGAGACUGGAGAGUGCCUCUCCCCAGUGUACGCGCUACAUGGUGGUGGUGUCCACUAACGGGCGGCAGGACACGGAGGAGAGCCUGGUGCUGGGCAUGGACUUCAAGACCUCAGACCGUGUAUGUACUGUAGGCCUGGUGCUGCCCCUGUGGAGCGACACACUGAUACACUUGGAUGGCGAUGGUGGCUUCAGUGUAUCCACAGUCAACAGGGUGCACGUCUUCAAACCUGUAUCGGUCCAGGCCAUGUGGGCGGCGCUCCAGUCGCUGCACAAGGCGUGCGAGGUGGCGCGCUGCCACAACUACUACCCAGGCAGCCUGUUCCUGACCUGGGUCAGCUACUACCAGAGCCGCGUGGCCUCCGACCAGGUCUGCAUCAACGAGUGGAACGCCAUGCAGGACGUGCAGUCGCACCGCGCCGACUCCCCCGUGUUCUUCACCGACGUGCCCACAGAGAGGGAGCGCACAGAGCGUCUGAUCAAGAUGCGGCUCAGGGAGAUCAUGAUGCAGAUGGACCUGGAGAACGUCACCUCAAAACAGAUCCGCACGGAGCUGGAGAUGCAGAUGACGUGUAACCUGCGCGAGUUUAAGGAAUUCAUCGACAAUGAGAUGAUUGUCAUCCUGGGACAGAUGGACAGCCCCACCGAGAUCUUCGAUCACGUCUUCCUGGGAUCGGAGUGGAACGCGUCGAACCUAGAGGAACUUCAGAACAGCGGGGUGCGCUACAUCCUGAAUGUGACGCGGGAGAUUGAUAACUUCUUUCCUGGCCUCUUCGAGUACCACAACAUCCGCGUGUACGAUGAGGAGGCCACCAACCUCCUGGAAUACUGGAACGACACAUACAAGUUCAUCUCAAAGGCCAAGAAAGCGGGCGCUAAGUGCCUGGUCCACUGCAAGAUGGGCGUGAGUCGCUCGGCCUCCACGGUGAUCGCCUACGCCAUGAAGGAGUACGGCUGGGACCUGGAGAGGGCCUUCGACUACGUCAAGGAGAGACGCGCCGUCACCAAGCCCAACCCCUCCUUCAUGAGGCAGCUGGAGGAGUACCAGGGCAUACUACUGGCCAGCAAACAGAGGCACAACAAGCUGUGGCGCUCGCACUCGGACGGAGACCUGUCAGAGCCGUCGCUGGGCAAAGGGGUCUCCCUGGACCGCGGCGUGGACCCGCUCCACAACAACAACAACGGGCCCGCCUCCCUGCAACACUUCCUGGGUAUGGCCGUGCUCCAGGCCCUCAGCGGAGACCCCACCGGCACCCAGCAUACAGCGCCCGCGCGCCAGAGAGGAGACGGGAAGGAGGAGGAUGAGGAGGAGGACGAGGAGACAGACGAUGAUGAUGAGGAGGAGGGUACCAGGGAUGAGGAGACGCGCAGCCCCUCGCCUCCUACCUCUAAUGGACUGUGUGACUCUGAAGAGCACCUCCCCACGUCCUCCUCCACCUCCGUGUCCACGUCCUCCUCCCAUCCCACCAGGCGCUCGUCGGAGGACCCGCCGUUCCUCCUCCCUCCCCUGCCCCGGCCGCGGGCGGCCACCGUGGUGCCUAAAGCCAGGCCGGACGUGGUCGUCUCCUCCGAGGCCGUGCCCGUGCCAGCCGCACGCCCCCACCCGCCCCCCUCGCUUCACGUCCUCCCUCCGACCCCCUCCCCCGAGCUGCUUAGAGCAGCCUCCCCCACCCCCUACCCCCGCCCCCGGCACCACUUCCCCUGCACCCCCAGCCCCGACCCCGCAGAGCAGUCGCUGGACGAGGUGGACGCUGGUGGGAGUGUGAGUGAGAGCAGCAGUGCUGCGCAGCUAUCUUAUCAGCAGCAGGAGCAGCUCCAGCACCAGCAACAUCACCAGGCUCAGGCCCAGGCCCAGGAGACCCGUGUGGCCGACAGCCUGCAGCUGUCCCUGGACACGCUCAGCGAGGGAGGAGGAGGGGGCCUGCUGACGCCCGGCCCCAUGACCUCCACGCCCUCCACUGACACCCCCAUGGCCGUCAGCCCCCUCAGCCCCUCCUCCUCCGGCUCGGUCUCGGCCCUCUCCCUCUCACUUGCGCUCGACCCCCCUCAACACACGGAGGAGGGCGAUGACAACAACAAUAAGACUGCAACACAACCACUGCAGACUGGAAGUUACACCACCGCCGCCGAAGAGGUGGGAAGCCUGCCGGACGCUAGCACGCUCAGCACCUCUUCCGGGUCCUCUGCUCGCAGCAUUGACAGCAUCGACUUCUUCAGCGCCCGGGAGAAGUUUGUGGGGCUGUCCCACUCCCAGGAUGGUAAUGUCGGCACCGGCACCAGCAACGUGGUGGCCCCCCGGCAAGAGCCUUCGGGCUCCCCCAGGGUGGCCCGCUCCAACUGCCCCAGCCAGGUCCAGGAGCUGUCUCCUCAGGUCCAGGUCCAGGAGCAGGAGAGACAGAACCAGAGCCAGAACCAGGGACAGGCCCCAGGACAGGAGGAGCCCUGCCCGACAGCAGCAGUGACGGAAGAUGGACACACAAAGCUCGAAGAUGGCUGCAGCCCUGUGCCCGAGCCCCAGCCAGACAACAAUGUGUCUGUACGCCACAUGGUGACCGAACUGGAGUCCAUCUCCACCCACCCCCACCUCCACCUCCCCCUACAACAGCAGGUUCAGCAACAGCCCCCACCACCACCACCACGCAGCCCCCUGCACCUCCACCUCCACCCCCACUCCCCAGAGACUGCAGCGGCCCCCGAGCUGCUCUCCUCAUCCUCCUCCUCUUCCACCCACGAGCACCCCUCCCCCACCACCCCCACGCGCAGCUGGUCCUCGGGAUCCGUGCGCAGGGCCCGCAAGCAGCUGGAGCAGAGGCUGAAGCAGGGAGAGACGACGGACUGUCCUGUGCCAGCCUGCGCUCCCCCAGCGUCACCAGUAGUGGUGUCCGCCAACCCUUCUACUACUACUACCACCACUACUACCACUACCACUACCCCAGUGCCAUCGGGCUCCGCACAGCAGCCCUCUGUCAAAGACUGUGGCCAGCCAACCGUUCCCUCUUCUUCCUCUUCCUCUUCCUCCUCCUCCUCUUCCUCCCAGCCCUCAGGCACUGUUGAGGUCUGUAGCAUAUCAGAAGGGGAGCAACGUGUAUGUGUAGAGACGAAAGAGAAGGCAAAAGACUUUGUAGAACUCUCAGAGCCUUCCUUAGCGUCUCCAGCUUCCGCACUAGCGUUGUCCUCCUCAUGCCCAGAGAGCGAGGUUCAGUCCCCUCCCCCUCCUCCUCUUCCUCUCCCCACGUCACCUACUCAGGAGACGGGCACCCAGCCCGGCCUGCUCUGGCUGGAAGGAGUGACCGAGAUGGAGACAGACACUGACAGCCCAAACCCCUCAGCCCCACAUCCACGGCCAGAGCAAGCCCUCACCUCUGCUCCCCCAGCCCCGCCCCUCUACAGCCGGCUAGCGCGCAGCAGCGAAGACCUGGAGAAGAUCCAGGAGACCCUUCGCGAGCUCCAGGCCUUCCUGUACGAGGCCGGCGGAGCAGCAGCAGCGACGCAGUGUCCAGACGACCAGCCCUCGGAGCACCACCAGAGAACACGACGGGGAGGAGAAGAGGAGGUGAAGGAGGAGAAAGCAGCAGCAGACGACGCCGAGGAGGAGGAGGAGAGUUGUGGUGGUGGUGUGUAUAGAUCCAGGACCCCUCAGGAGGUGUUGCCGUCGGAGCCGCGGGGCAGCGCGGCCGUGUGGCAGAGGGCCAUGGAGAUCGAGGCGCGCAUCCGGCAGGCGGGCCUGACGCCGCCCUCGCUCAUGAAGCGCUCGGCCUCGCUGGCCAAGCUGGACUGCCUGGAGCUCUCCACCCACGACCUCAGCAGCUGGGACUUCCACACCGGCCAGUCUGCACCACCGCCCUCCUCCUCCUCCAGCUCCUCAUCAGCCAGAACUAGCGAUGGGCCUGCUGCGACCUCCUCAGACUGUACCCAGCAGCAGCAGUCAUCAAGCAGGGCACAGUCGCUCUCUCUGUCGCUGGCCCACCACCCGGUUCCAGACGAGGCCUACAAGAAGCAGAGGGUCCUCCAUCAUCACCAUCAUCAAAGCCCCCUUGAAGGCCACGGGCCACCAGGUCUAUGCCUUGGGCUGGAACAGGAGGGAAGGACUGCUGCUGCUGUUGCAGGGUCCAGAGACUCUGGUACUUCCUCCGCCGGGACCGGGACUGGGACUGGACCCGCCCCUACGCCACCUCCCUCCCCCCCUCCGCCAUCUUGCCCCGCUCAGCACAGGCCAAAGGGCCGCCAGUCAGCCCAAGACCACGCCCACGUUCACGCCCACCCCCACGUGCAGCUAACGUCCCAACACGGGAAGGCGCACCCUCUGAGGCGCCUGCGCAAGGCGGCGGACAAAAAGCGGACUGUGACUGUGCUUUACAACACCAUGUGACCCUUAGCUGCGGCCCCGGUGACGUUGCGCGCUAGGGGCCCUAGCGGUGCGCGUGCGUGUGUGUGUGUCUGUUAUGCAGGCGUGUGUAUACUGUAUGUAUGUAUGUAUGUAAUUGUGUGUGGGUCAGUGUGCACAAGUGUACAAAUUGAAUGGCUGCCGUUGAAUACAUGGGUUUUCUUUAUGUAUGAGUUUAUGGACUGAUCACGUUUUUGUUUUUGUUUUUAUUUUGUAAUCUUAUCAAUCUAUUUUUUAUCAGGAGUUAGCCGUUUUUAUUUGUGUGUGUGUUUUAUUUGGCAGAAUGCGUAAUGGUAUCUCUAUCACGGCUAAGGGCCGUUUUAUCAAUGCACUUUAUUCUCUCAUUUUAGUUUUAUUGUUUUCUUCUCAUUUUUGUACAUAGAGGAUACCAAUAAAGUUUUAGUUAUUGCCCAAGUUUAAA